AUGAUGAAGCGAAAAAGCGACCGCGUGAUUUCUUUCGCGUUUCUGAGAAAGAAUUCAAAAUUCGAAAGAGAAUCGAACUCCGAAGAGAGUGAGAGUUUGAAGAGUGAGUUUGAACGAGAAUUUCGAAAUGAAGAUGGUACUCACGAGAAAUCUCGAGAAGGUGUUGGGGAAGAAAAAAAGAAAGAAUGUCGAAAGAAAAAGAAAGAUGUCGAAUCAGCGUCACCCGAGAUCGGCGCGGAAAAGCAACGGGCUCGAGGUGAGGAGAGUGAGAAAGAGAACGAGAACUCAGAGGAAACUAGGAGUGAAAGAGAACUCAGAGGAGACCCUCCGACUGAAGAAGGAGCAGAAGAUGGAGUCGGGAGCGACGGAGGGAGUCAAAGUUUGAGAGACCCUCCGACUGGAGAAGGAGCUUGUGACGGGAGCGACGGAGGGAGGAGACAAAGUGAGAGUGACCCCGAUUCAAGCGUAAGUACUCUGACAAUCAAGAGCAACUGA